AUGCGCAAACGCCAGUCCGUAAGCAUGAUCGGCAGCCUGUUGUGCUACGUGCUCUACCCACUCGCACGGUACGUGACGCGGUGGCGGCACUGGGAGGCCUCGGAGAAGGCUCUCCCUCCUGCAGAGACAACCCCGCUGCGCCGGGGGCUCACCCCGGGCAGUGGGACGAAGGGAGAGACGGAAGACAGGAUGAAGGAACCGAGCCCAGAAAAGGAAGAACAACGGUGUGUGGCUGUCCUGCACGAAGAAACACAGAAUGGGGCGGCCUCAACGGCGAGUGAGCUGGACUGCAGCUCGACGGAGGGAGAAGCGGAGACAAUAAAUGGACUGCAGCAGGACAGAGGAGACUCUCCCAAGCAUAAGGUCAGGGAAAUAACUGUUCACCAGGAGGUGCUCCUUGUGACGCAAAAUACGGAGGAAGGGAUUAUUUCUCCAACUGGGAACAUUGUCCCAGAAGAAGCUCUCGGGGACACCGAGUCGAUGACUCCAGCUAAAACUGCAUCUGAAGUAACCGAGCGCUGGGAUGAAUACGUGUCGCCGACUGCCAAUGAAAUUCCUGGUGGGGAAAGCCAUUUUAAGCAGUCAUUUUCCUGCCUUCCCUCUGACACUCCAAGCUGCCUGCAACUCAGCGGGCAGCAGGAGACACAAGCUAGCUGGCACUUUCCUGCAGGACCCGGCCUGGCAGAAGAGGUGCGCUGCCCGCUGUGGCAAUUUCCUGCCGUGAGCUAUUACCCUCCGAUGGAGCCGGCGGCUCCAUUCGAAGUCAUGUGGAGAGUAUGGGAGGAGAUAUCUGAGAGAGCCACUUCGGCCGAGCCCUUUCCGUUCACCACGGCCUCGAUGGACUUCACCGUGAUGUCCUACAACGUCCUGGCUCAGGACUUGCUGGAGGCCAACCUGGAGCUGUACACACACUGCCCCCUGGAGGCGCUGGACUGGAGCUGCCGCUGCAGCCUGCUCCUCGAGGAGCUCCGGAAGUGGGAACCAGAUAUUCUGUGUCUCCAAGAAGUUCAGGAGAACCACUACCAUGAACAGCUGUAUCCGGCGCUGUCUCUCAUGGGCUACGCCGGCGUGUUCAAGCGGCGUUCGGGGGCCAAGACGGACGGCUGCGCGACGUGCUAUCGCACAAGUUGCUUCUCCGAGUUAUCGGUCGCCACGCUGGAGUUCUUUAAGCCGGAAGUGGAGCUGCUGGACCGGCACAAUGUGGCCAUCGUGCUGUUGCUUCAGCCAGUGGUCACCCAGGGGUCGGUGGUCAAGGCAAAGGGCCUCCCCCUGUGCGUGGCCAACACCCACCUGCUCUUCAACCCCAGGAGGGGCGAUGUGAAGCUGGCUCAGCUCGCCAUGUUGAUGGCAGAAAUUGACAGCCUCGUCAAGUCCUGUAAGGCCAAAGGUGAAGACUGUAAUCUUCUAUUGUGUGGGGACUUUAACUCUGUCCCCCGAAUGCCUCUUUACCAGCUGAUCACCACCGGUCAGCUCUACUUCCAGGGUCUGCCAGCAUGGAUGAUAUCAGGUCAAGAGGACCUGUCACAAAAUAGCCACAGUCACAGGCUGUACGCCCCCCUGUGGCCCAGCUCACUAGGAAUCACUGACGGCUGCCAGCACGCGACAGUUAAGGACGUGUCGAAGAGCCAGAAACCAGGAACGCAUCAGUACGGCCACGACUUCAUGCAGCGGCUGCGCUUCUGUCCAGCUGCACGUGUCCGUCCUGUGGACUUGGAGCGGAUCCCAGGUGUGACGCUCGACACCCCAGACGCUUCGAGGGCAAAUCAAUCGUAUGAUCAAUCGUAUGAUCAACGGUUCAGACACACCAUCAGUCAUCAGUUGGACCUGGAGUCGGUCUACAAACACAUCCUUCCAGGCUUUGGCAAUCCAGAAAUCACGACCUUGCACUCUGAAGGGGGAGCUACUGUCGACUACAUCUUCUACAGCCCGAGACGCAUCUCCACCUGCGGUCCAAACGGCGACUUUAAGAGUGUGGGUCUGAAGCUGAUUGGUUCUCUCUCCCUCCUAUCGGAGGAUGUCUUAUGGUCAAUGAGGGGCCUGCCCAAUCACAUUUUCCCCUCUGACCAUCUCAGUCUUUUGGCCAAGUUCCAGCUGGACCUGAAUGCUGCAUGAUGGGAAAGACUGGGUGAACUCAAAGUGAUGUCAGAAGAUGAGCAUGUUGGAAUCUUCUGCUAGUUUUGUUUGUUUUUGUCAGUAUGAAUUACAUAACUUUUAUAGUUCACUCCUUGCAUCAAAGAAACAUAUUUUUCCAACUGAAUGGAAGUAAUAUUUUUGUUUAAAAAGAGACUGAAAAGAUAAAGGAUGCCCAGAUAAACGAUGCAGUGCUUUGACUCAUUUUAUUAAUAAUAGUGUUACAAAUUUAAAAAAGCAGGCAGUGAUUGCUUUAAUAAUUCCGGGCGUGACGAUGCACUGACCUGUUCAGCUGCUCUUUCGCUUUUUAAUUUAUUUUAAACCCAAUUUUCAAAAAGCGAGUUCGAUUUCCGGUUGAGUCGGUUCUAUUUUUUCAGGCGGUAAGAAUUUAGAAUAAAUAUGUUCCAUCAUCUUGUGGCUCCUUAGUGACUUUCUCUUCUCAACACACUGCAGAAGUGAGUCUGCCUCCAGCCAUGUGUACGUUGCUCUUUCCCAGAAUUCCAAUGCGGCGCAGUCGAAUGCCUCCACCACAGCCUCCAGUAUCCCGACUGGCCCGGUGCUGAGAUAGUGACCUGGAUGUGGGCUCCGCCCCUCCCAUCCCAACACACUUAGGUACUCGGUUGUUGGGGGAGAAGACGUCUGGCUGAUGCCUGACUGAAUAAUUCAUUUAGAAAGUUGUUCGUGCGUGAUGGGGCGCAGCUUAGUGCAUGUGGGCUAUAACAUGUCUGCAGAGGUGAUUACCAUCAGUAGGAUGUCUCUCACUCGCCCCUCGCUCAUUCUUGUCAAUGCAAACCUAUUUGCUGUUUACCGUAAUACAACAAUCCAUUGAAAGAUAAACAAUGUAAUGUAUCGAGACAUCAGAUUGGGUGAAUCUUCAUUUCCUCCUGUGGCAAAUCAAAUGCACCCAAGUAUGCAGAACGGUAAACAAAGACGGUCAGUAGGUUUUUCUUUUCCCAAAUGGGUCGUCGCGCCUUCUGCUUCUACGUCUCACAAACUGGUGGGCACAGCGUUUGACAUCUGGAAUCCUCCGGAAGGGGUUUGUUGAUCUUCAUCAUGACUUCUAUCUCCUCAUUCGCCAAGCCGACUGCAGCGUGUACCCUCCUGUCACCUUCACAGUGACUAACAUAUUUUACCCUCGGGGUCAAUUUGACCCCAGCAAUUAAAACCUCCAGAAAAUUAUUAGAAUUUAUACUGUUUCCCAAGUGUAAGUGUCACUUUGUUUGUUUGUUGACGACCUAAAUAGCCCUUUAAAUAAAUAAAAAGGUUGAUAUUUACCUUUGCAUGUA